AUGCCGAAGCGGAGGAGAAACGGUACGGAAGGGAACCGAACAAUAGUCAAGAGGUCUCGCACUGGUCCCGCACGCCAUCUGUUGGACAUCAGCGACGAGAUCCUGCUUCGGAUGCUGUCCUUUCUGGCCAUCAAGGAUUUAUUGAACAUUGAAUGUGUCUCGCGCCGGUUUCGCUCUCUUGCCACCGAUCGAGAACUAUGGAAAGUGAAAUAUUACGACACCUGGAUCAGGUCUCGAGCUCGCAAUACCCCUUUGAUAGAAGGUCAAGAUGAUUCGAAACGACGGGCGAAGGCUGCAGAGUGGCUACGGCAUGGGCAUAAGUUACGCAACAAUCCCUCGGUCGAUUGGAAGCGCCAGUACAAGAUCCGGACAAAUUGGGCAUCAGGGAAAGCGAAAUUCCGCGAGCUAGAGGUUGCGUACCCUCCAUCGCCGCCAGUUAUUGCCAAGGUCUGCCAGGGUAUGAUAUUCACGGUCGACCGGCUGGCCGGACUGCGUGCAUGGUCGGGAGAAAGAUCGUUGAAGGCUCAACUACGGCUUGAGCCGUCAACUGAGGCGACGUGCAUGGCAGUGGAUAUCAUCGAUGGGGAAUUUCACCUUGUUUUGGGGUUUGCGGACGGCUCCUUUUCAACUUAUCUCUACACAGAUGAGAAACUAUUCGAACCUCGAUCGACUCAGCAUUCGGACGAUGGGCCGCUCACGGGCGUGGCGCUUGCCAUACCUUACAUAAUGACGGUAUCGAGAACCAACUUGCUGGCGCUGUAUGAUGUGGAAACUUCAACCGCCAGGGAAAGUGCGCCCCCUGCCGCUUCACGAAUUGCUCAACUCCAGUCCGAUGCAUCCUUCUCGCCAGUUUCGCUUUCACUUCGGAGGACACCAGGAAACCUCACCGCGGCGAUUGCGUAUGCCUUCAAUAGACUUCAGUCGGGCUGGUGCCUGGGCCUUCAGGAAAUCAGACUGACUCCAGCCGGAACACUGUUAGACAGCAGGUUGGCCUGUUCGGUCGAAACGCCCCUGGAUGUAAGGUACCAGGGCAGGGACAAGCGUGGAAUCUCCACGCGCUCCGCCAGUUCGUUGCCGGUUUCUCUCUAUCCUCAACUAAUGAGUGCUCCCACAUCGAUUUCCUAUAAGCAUCCAUUCCUGGUCGGUACACUUGCAGACAACACCAUAAUGUCAUUUCUGGUGACCUCCAACGAGGAGAAACUCGAGAUCAGCUCCGGCAGACGCCUAUGGGGUCACACAUCUGGCGUGUCAGAUGCCGAAGUCAACAAUCGAGGUAAAGCGGUGUCGAUCAGCUGCAGGGGAGAUGAAAUUCGGCUGUGGGAACUGGAGCCUGUCAUGACAGCCAACAGUCAACCCAGAACGAGUACCGAAAUCAAGGCUGUCCACUCUCUACCAAAUAUUUCUGCUCUGGCACGCCGAGCUUCCGGGCUAGGCUUCGCGGUGCAGAACAUGAAGCGAGAGGUGAGCCUAACACGGCGAUGGGUAGGCUUUGACGAUGAGCGCGUCGUAGUACUAGGCGAAAGGGACCGUAAGCAGGUGAUGGCGCUGUACGAUUUCACGUAG